UUUUUAUAUUCUCUUAAAAUAUGCCUACCGUCAACAUCGACAAGCAGCGCCUUUUCGAAGCUCUUGAGAGAGAAUAUACUUCUCAAGAGUUCUUUGAACUCUGUUUCCGUUUCGGUAUCGAACUUGAAGAAGACACUUCUGAGAGAGAAGUUGUUGAAAAGGAAACUAGCAAAGACGCUGAGCAAGUUCCUGAAAGACCUAUCUUGAAGAUUGAUAUUCCUGCCAACAGAUACGAUUUGUUGUGUCAAGAAGGUCUUGCUCGUGCUCUUCGUGUCUUUGAAGGCAAGUGCCGUCCUCCUGUUUACAAGGCUGUUAAGCCCGCCAGUGGCAAGCUUGAACAAAUCCGUGUUUCGGAAUCUACUCAACAAAUUCGUCCUUACAUUGUUGGUGCCAUUUUGCGUAAUAUCAGCUUCACACCUGAAAACUAUGCCUCUUUCAUUGACCUUCAAGACAAGCUUCACAACAACAUUUGUCGUAAGAGAACACUUGCCUCUAUGGGUACUCAUGAUUUGGAUACAAUCAAGGGUCCUUUCACUUACGAAGCUUUGUCUCAUAAGGACAUCAAAUUUGUGCCUUUGAACAAGGAAACUGAAGUAGAUGGCGAUGAAUUAAUGGAACUUUAUGCUGAAGAUAAACAUCUUGGUAAAUUCCUUCACAUCAUUCGUGAUUCUCCUGUUUACCCUGUUGUGCUUGAUGCCAACCGUACUGUUUGUUCUCUUCCUCCUAUCAUUAACUCUGAUCAUUCCAAGAUUACUUUGGAUACUAAGAACGUCUUGAUUGAAAUGACAGCUACUGAUGAACACAAAGCCAGUACUGCCUUGAAUGCUUUGGUCACUAUGUUCUCUGAAUACUGUUCUGAACCCUUCACUAUUGAGCCUAUUGAGAUUGUUUACCCUGAUAACACCACCAAGGUCUAUCCUGAAAUUGAAUCUAGAAAUGCCACUGCUAAAGUUGAUUAUAUCAACUCUUGUACCGGUCUUGAUCUUCCUGGUGAUGAGAUCUGUCGUCUUUUGAACAGAAUUUCUUGUCAAGGUCCCCCUACUCGUUGGGAUAUCUUGCACGCUUGUGAUAUUAUGGAAGAUGUUGCUAUCUCAUACGGUUAUGACAACUUGCCUAAGAAGAUGCCUAGUGUUAACACCUUCGGUGCUGCCUUGCCUUUGAACAAGUUGAGUGAUUCUGUUCGUAGAGAACUGGCCAUGGCUGGUUUUACUGAAGUUGCUCCUUUGAUUUUGUGUUCUCAUGAUGAAAACUUCAAAUUCCUUAAUCGUAAAGACGAUGGUACUACUGCUAUCCAGCUUGCUAAUCCCAAGACUGCUGAAUAUCAAGUUGUACGUACUUCUCUUUUACCUGGUGUCUUGAAGACUUUGAACUCCAACAAGAAGUUGCCUUUGCCUCUCAAGACUUUUGAAGUCUCUGAUGUUGGUUUCAAGGAUGAAUCUCGUGACCGUAGAACUAGAAACGAAAGACACAUCUGUGCUACUUUCACUGCAAAGACAUCUGGUUUUGAAAUUAUUCACGGUCUUUUGGAACGUAUCAUGAACAUGCUCAGCACAAAGAGAAUCAGCAAGGAUGAUACCAAGUCACUUGGUUAUUGGAUUGAAGAAUCUCAAGAUGCUACUUAUUUCCCUGGUCGUUCUGCUUAUAUUUUCUUGAGAUACCUUGACAGCUCUAAUGAACGCAAGUCUGUUCAAAUUGGUUCUUUUGGUAUUCUUCACCCCGUUGUUCUUGAAAACUUUGAAUUGAACAACCCUACCACUGCUCUUGAAUUCAACUUGGAACCUUUUGUUUAAAUCAUUUAAUUUAUGUAGCUAUAUUAAUAAAAAGGGAGUAGAUUGUUGUACAAAGUCUUUGCAUGAAUAAUGAGACUCUAGAGAACAUUUCCCUUUACAUUAAAAAAUUGUGCCUUCCGUUU